UAUUAUUAUUAUAUACAUAUAAAUGAUAUGAUAUAUAGUUAGUUAUUAGUAUUGUUCUUAGUUUGUCCACGCUACAGAAAUUGGAAAAGGGAGAGAGAAAAAUGUGUGAUAAUGAGGUGAAGAAAGAAGUUGUUGUAGAAGAAGUGUUUUGUAAUGAGGAAGAAAUAGAGUUAACGGUACACAAAACUUCAAUGUUUAGUCAUGGAGAUGGGUUCAUUGUUUAUGAUUCAAAGGGUGAUAUCGUCUUUCGAGUCGACUCUUAUACACCCAUCUUGAAGAAUCGACUCCUUCUAAUGGAUACCUUUGGCAAGCCUCUCCUUACUCUCCUCCCUAAGAGGCUUACACUUCAUCAUAGGUGGGAAGGAUUCUUAGGGGAGAUAAUCGACGAUCAUCAACACCACCCAAUAUUCAGCAUAUGGAAGUCAACCCUAAUCGGACGGUCCAGCAUAAUGGUAGAAGUCUACAAUGACGAAUCUCCUACAAUGUACCAGAUCGAGGGAUGUUUCAGUGAGAGAAGUUGCACCGUAUUUCAUCUACUCUCUUCUUCAGAUCAUGACACGUUUAAAGAAUCAGCGGCUCAUAUCAAACGGAAGGUGGAACCUACUAGAAAGAUAGUUCUAGGAAGAGAUGUUUUCAGUUUGAAUAUCAAGGCUGGGUUUGAUGCAGCUUUUGUUAUGGGCUUAGUUUUGGCACUUGAUAGAAUUGAUGGUGAUGAUGUUGUUGCUCCACUUGAAUAUCACAAGGGCAUUGUCACCACCAAUGAAAUCCUGGCUUAGUGGUUAAUAUUGGCAAACUGUGUACAAUAGGAGUUUGAAUUACCUGUUCCCGUUUGUAAUUUUAUAUGUCCCUCGUGGCUAGCUCAUUCGCACAAAAAAAAAUGACAUUGUCACGUAUGAUUAAAGUGAGACGACUAGCAUUGCUUCAUUGUGAA